AUGUCGUUAACAAACUGCCGUUUCUACGAGGAGAAGUAUCCCGAGGUGGAUAGCUAUGUGAUGGUCAAUGUCAAGCAGAUUGCAGAAAUGGGUGCAUAUGUGAAGCUCCUCGAGUAUGACAACAUCGAUGGCAUGAUCCUCCUGUCCGAACUCUCCCGGAGACGUAUCCGGAGUAUACAAAAACUCAUCCGUAUUGGGCGGAAUGAGGUCGUCGUUGUCCUGCGUGUCGACAAGGAGAAAGGUUAUAUUGAUCUUUCGAAACGACGAGUAUCUCCCGAAGAUGUCGUCAAGUGCGAGGAGCGGUAUAACAAGAGCAAAGCGGUCCACUCGAUCAUGCGCCACGUUGCGGAGAAGACCAAGACCCCCCUCGAGGAACUGUACAAGAACAUUGGCUGGCCUCUGAACCGCAAAUACGGCCACUCCUACGAUGCAUUCAAGCUCUCUAUCACGAACCCUGACGUGUGGAAUGAUGUUACCUUCCCGAGUCAGAUGGUCAAGGAUGAGUUGUUACAGUACAUCGGUAAGAGACUGACUCCUCAUCCGACCAAGGUGCGCGCGGACAUCGAGGUCACUUGCUUCGGUUAUGACGGAAUCGACGCCGUGAAGGAUGCACUUCGUGCCGCCGAAGCCAAGAAUACCAACGACACCCAGAUCAAAGUCAAACUGGUCUCUCCUCCAUUGUACGUCUUGACCAGUCAAACUCUGGACAAAAACUUUGGCAUCAAACUUCUUGAAGAGGCGAUCCAGAACAUCGAGGCCAAGAUCAAGGAAUACGGCGGUGGUUGUGUUGUGAAGAUGGCUCCCAAGGCAGUUACAGAACAUGAUGACGCCGAGCUGCAGGCUCUGAUGGAGAAGCGAGAGCGCGAGAACAUGGAAGUUAGCGGAGAUGAAAGUCAGUCAGAGAGUGAUGAGGGUAUUCCCGAGUAA